GAGCCGUCCCGCCAGCCACUGUCGGCCGCGGCCGAAGUUCGGAAAAUCCUGCUGCUCGGGUCCCGCCGCUCCCGGUCGCCCUCGCCGGGGAGGUCGGGGCGGGGGAGCCGAGCGCUGCCCCCGCCAUGCUCCGCAGACUGGCCCGGGCUGCGACCCAGCAGCAGAGGGCCCUCUGGGCGCGGGGAUCUGGGAGCCAGGCGGGGAUCCCGACGCACGUGGUGGACCUGCGCAGCGACACGGUUACCAAGCCCGGGCCGGCCCUGAGGCGCUCCAUGGCCGAGGCGGUUGUGGGGGACGACGACUACGGCGAGGACCCCACCGUCCGCGAGCUUCAGGCCACGGCUGCGGAGCUGCUCGGCGUGGAGCAGACCCUGUUCGUGCCCACAAACACCAUGGCCAACCUCAUCUCUGUGAUGUAUCACUGCCAGCGCCGGGGCUCCCCGCUCCUCCUUGGGCAGGAGUGCCACCUCCACGUCCAGGAGCAGGGCGGGGUGGCUCAGAUCGCUGGGGCGCACUCCCACCCCCUCCCAGACCUGCCCCAUGGCACCCUGGACCUGGCUGAGCUGGAGGGGCUGGUUGCACGGAGCCUUGGGAGCCGCUCCCACCCGGUCUGUGAGCUCAUUUGCCUGGAGGACGCCCACAGCAGCUCAGGGGGCCGGGUGCUCCCCAUCGAGUUCCUCAGGGAGGUGCACCUGCUGGCCCGGAGCUAUGGGGUCCAGGUUCACCUGGAUGGGGCCCGGUUGAUGAACGCCGCGGUGGCUCUGUGCAUGCCCCCUGCCCGCAUCGUGGAGCGCUGUGAUUCUGUGUCUCUCUGUUUCUCCAAGGGCCUCGGUGCAACAGUGGGGGCCCUGGUUGGGGGACCCAAGGGCUUCACUGAAGAAGCCUGGCGCCUCCGGAAAGCCCUGGGUGGGGGGAUGCGCCAGGCGGGGGUGCUGGCCGUAGCUGCCCUGGUGGGACUGACUGAUGCUGAGGAGGUGCUGCUGAAGGACCACCAGAACGCCCAGAGGUUUGCCAGAGGGGCUCAGGAACUGGCAUCCCCUGUCUGCUCCAUGGAUCUCACCACCGUAGAGACGAACAUGGUGAUGGUGAGGGUGGAUGGGCUGCUGCCCGAGGAGCUGCGCCAGCGCCUGCAGACCAUGAGCGCUGACGAGGUGGCCCAGACUGGCCACGCGGUGCGUGUGCUGCUCCCCUGGACUGAGCGGUCAGUGCGAGCCGUGUGGCACGACGAUGUCUCUGCAGAGGACACCAAGCUGGCGCUGGGAAAGUGGGCGUUCGUGCUGAGGGCCCUGAGGAUGGGGUGA